GACGUCUCUAAGAAAGAAAGAUGGCAUCAAGACAGCCUAAUGUCACUGCUCAAUUUGUGUUGGGUAAGAUCAGUCGAGAUCAUCUGGAAUGCCCCAUUUGCAAAGACCGUUUCACUGAGCCUAAAAUACUUGACUGUCUGCACAGUUUUUGUCAGGAAUGUCUCAAAGAAGUUAAACAGCGUCAACGUCCACAAAAAUCAAAACUUGUGUGUCCCCUCUGCAGACGUGAAACCAUACUAAAGGGAGACGUUUCCCAUUUGCCAAGUGACUUCAAACUGAGUGCCUUGGUGGAUGAGGUCAAUGUCCAUGAAAAGCUACUCGAAGGUCAAAGGUCGCAGCUCAACUGUCAAGCCUGUGACCAAGAGAAUCAGGCUGUGUCAAGAUGCAUGGAUUGUGAUCAUUUUCUCUGCAAAGAAUGCCAAGCAGUGCACGGGCGUAUGACUUUAAUGAAAACGCAUAAAAUCUACUCGCUGGCCCAGCUUCAAUCAGGAGAGGUAACUUACAAGAGUAAGAUUAGAGAGUACACUCCAAAAUGUGCCAGGCAUUCCGAUCAAAAUCUCACUAUUUACUGUAACACAUGUGAGAAGUUGGUGUGCACAACUUGUGCUAUUACGGUAGAUCAUGAGAGACACUCUUGUGUUGAUCUAUCCCAAGCUGUCGACAAGUGCAAACAAGAUGUUGCUAGAAUGUCUGCAAAAGCUAAACAAAACAAAGCAAAACUGAAAACAAACAUAAGUGAAAUAGAUGCAAACUACAAAAAACUGAAUACCAUGUAUGCAGACACAACCAAGAAAAUCUCCAGUAAGGCUGACAAGGAGGUUGCUAGAAUCACGAAGGAGAUCAGACAGGAAGAGCAGAAACUGAGGCAAGAGGCAGAUACAUUCUUCAAAGACAGAGCCAAGACAUUGAAAACUGCUCGUGCCACAAACAGCAGCCGUCUGACUCAGACUGAGAAAAAACUGCACGAGGUUACCAACUUCGUGACUCAAGCAAGUUGCCAUGAGCUUCUUGAUUUCAAACCUAAACUCCUGUUUAAUCUGAAAGAAUCGACCCAAGAACAAUCUGAGAAAGGGCCGGACAGUAUGUCCUCAUUUAUGGAUUUUGAGGAAGGUACUGGGACGUCACUUGGGAGGCUGGUGCUGGAAGACUCACCAACACCCAGCUCAGAUGUCACAGCUAAGGGUUCACAGACACGGUGGAAGCUUAAAAGACCGAUGGAAACAUUUGGACCAACAAAGAAAACAUUUGGCUUGGUUGAUGAAAUUGCCACAUUAUCUAACAAUGAAAUUGUCGCGUUAGACAGGAAGCAUAACAAGUUAAUCACUCUUCAGUCUGAUGAAAUUUCACAAGAACUGCAACUUGCAGGUCUCACUGAACCAAGCCAUGUUACAGUAAACAGGGAUGAUGAAAUUGUUGUUCUUGACAAACCCUCUGUCAAGAUCUUCAAGAAAGGUGUGUCGUCCUGCCUCCAUCAGUUCCAACCAGGUCGGGGGAUAUUGACAAGCGACACCCCAACCUGCCUUGCAGUGGAUGGUGGGGAUGUGAUCGCAGUGGGUUACGAGAAACAGAAAAGGAUCUCACUGCAUAAGAGAGAUGGAUCCCUCAUCAGGAGAAUACCUGCUCCAAUGAUUGGGUACAAUUUGACAAUCUAUAAGCAGCGGCUUUUCUACACCUACAAUGGAGACAACAAGACACUUCUACUGUCAGUUGACAUAUAUGGUCACAUGGUCUUUACAGUUGAUAUUCCCAGCAACAAUGAAGGGAAGUGGCAUGCUGGUGGUCUGUGUUGCGACAAGGAUGGCAACAUAUAUGUGGCUGUAUCUGGGUGGCCUGUUAAUCAACUUGGUGAAAUUCAGCAUUUCAGUCAUGACGGACAGUACCUCGGCUGUGUCAUCGUGGAGUUUGACUGUAUGGAUGACAUCACAUGUACACCAGCUGGUGAACUGGUUGUGGCAACAACAAAAAGUGUUUGCGUCUAUCACAAAGUGUAAAAAUUGACAUUAAACCAAUUACUUAAAGCUAUAGUCCAUCAUUUGCAACUAUCCGAAA